GAGAGAGAGGGGGAGGAGUUCAGACUUACUGUGCAAAUACAUACAGAUACACUAAUCUAAAUUGAUGCCUCGUAGAGGAAGAGUCACAGAUGAAGCAAGCAGCUAAUGAUGGCUCAGUCGAAGGCUCUCCUAGUGCUGGAAAACUUUAUAGGUGGCAAAUUUAUUCCUUGUUCCUCUUACAUAGACUCCUAUAAUCCGUCCACCGGAGAUGUCUAUUGCAAGGUGCCAGACAGUGGCAAAGAAGAGGUGGAAGCUGCUGUCAAAGCUGCCAAAGAUGCCUUCCCAAUUUGGUCCUCAAAAAGUCCGUGGGAAAGAUCUCAGAUCCUGAACAAAUUGGCAGAUCUGAUUGAACAUGACCUGGAAGCGUUUGCACAAGCAGAGUCAAAGGAUCAGGGAAAAACUAUUACAUUUGCCAGAACAGUGGACAUCCCUCGAGCUGUGUACAACUUCCGAUUCUUUGCCUCUUCCAUCCUUCACCACAUCACAGAGUGCACUGAGAUGGCAACCAUGGGCUGUGUGCAUUACACCUCGAGGGCACCUGUUGGAGUUGCUGGUUUAAUCAGUCCUUGGAAUUUGCCACUGUAUUUGUUGACGUGGAAAAUAGCUCCUGCCAUUGCAUGUGGAAAUACUGUGGUUGCCAAGCCAAGUGAGAUGACAUCUGUCACAGCUUGGAUGAUGUGCAAGCUCUUGGAGAAAGCAGGGGUUCCUCAUGGGGUGGUGAAUAUAGUGUUCGGAACAGGCGCCAAGGCAGGAGAAGCCCUCGUCUGCCACCCCGACGUGCCUCUGGUCUCCUUCACAGGAAGCACGCUGACGGCCCAGCGGAUCACGGAGAAAAGUGCUCCAUACUGCAAGCGGCUUUCGCUGGAACUGGGAGGCAAAAACCCCGCCAUCAUCUUCGAUGAUGCCGACUUGAGCCAAUGCAUCCCUACUACCCUGAGGUCCAGCUUUGCCAACCAGGGUGAGAUCUGUCUCUGCACCUCCAGGAUCUUUGUUCAGAGGGGCAUAUACAGUGAGUUUUUGAAGAGGUUUGUAGCAGAGGCCAAGAAGUGGAAGACCGGCAAUCCCUCAGAUCCUGCAGUCGAUGUGGGAGCACUUAUAAGUAAAGAACAUCUACAAAAGGUGAGGAACUAUGUGAAGAAAGCCCAGGCUGAAGGAGCCAGAGUCCUCUGUGGAGAGGGAGUGGAUGCUUUGGAUCUCCCACCUGGCAACCAGAAAGGCUAUUUCAUGUUGCCCACAGUUAUUGCUGAAGUUAAGGAUGAAUCUUGUUGCAUGCAAGAAGAGAUCUUUGGUCCUGUGACAUGUGUGGUAGCAUUUGAUACAGAAGAAGAAGUGAUCAAAAGAGCCAAUGGUGUGAAAUAUGGCUUGGCAGCCACUGUGUGGUCCAGCAACGUGGGACGCGUUCACCGGGUGGCACACAGGCUACAGUCUGGAUGGGUGUGGACCAACUGCUGGCUUGUGAGAGAUCUGAACUUGCCAUUUGGUGGGAUGAAAGCCUCAGGCAUAGGAAGGGAGGGAGCAAAGGAUUCCUACGAGUUCUUCACUGAGGUCAAAACCAUCACAAUAAAGCACUGACAUAUGUAAAAGGAAGUAUUUUAGAGUAAAAUAAAUGACAGUAAUUUGAGUUACAAGAAAUAGACUACAGUAAUUUGAGUUACCAAAAAUGACUCUCUAGAACACAGGCUGCUAUUGUGGCCAUCUUUUUCUUGAACUGUGGUCAAGUAAUAUCAAUGACAUCUGAAAACAGUCAUCCCAAAUGCUAAUGUUGAAGGCAGCUUUUCAUGUUGAAUGAGAAGAUCAGUGUGGACUCCACAGUCAACCCAUUCCAAGCCAGAUGACUUGCCUAUUUUAUGGAUCCUAAAGCUUUUUGAGUAUUCAGGUCUCAAAAAUCUGUCUCUCUAAGGCAGAUUGGAGAAAGAGCGAUAUAUGACUGUACCUCUGGUUGAUGAAUUACCUUGAGGGACAAAGUGGCAAGCACAUGGUAAGGCUGAUAUUGUAAUGGCAAUCAGUCUGUUUCACUCUAUGGUCCACAUAUCAAUCCAUAUUGCACUUCACUGAUAUCAGAUAAGGACUAAUGCUAUACCACACUGAAAGCCUGAGGAACUACCUUUAAUCUACUAAGUGGUUUUAAACCAUGGGAUCAUGAAAUUCUCAUUAUAUUCAUGGAGACAAUAAAUGUUUUAGUUAUAACCUGCUUUAUAGUAUGCAGCUGAAUAAUCCUAAUGCCUGUUCUCUAACUAUUUUGAAAUUAAAGCCUUUUUUCACUUCUA